AUGGAAUAUUCCAACUACGAACUCAGCAUGCUCACGAUACAGCAAAAUAAUGAAGCUGUGAGCAAUCUGAAGGAAGGCAAAGUUAUCGAAGCUUUCCAUUUGCUAUCCAAGGCCUGCCGGGCUGCUCAUGCGGCCCAAAACGAUAAGGAUAGCAACUAUCAUCGCACCUACCAGUACACUUGGUUGGACUGCUCGAAAGCUCUUGCACACAGGAUGAAAGGAACGAGAAAUUUCAGCGACGGAAGCUUACCAUUCCUCUUUCUUCAAUUUCUGAGAAUUGAAACACCUGUCUGUUCCAAGGACGACAAGGAUGCUUCAGUCUGUGCUCGAGGAUUUAUUUGGGUAUUGUGGUACAAUCUUGCCAUUGUGUCCAUUCUUCUGGGGAGUCCAGUUGGAGCCCGUGGCAAUCGCUUGCUGCAACAGUCUCUUGACCUGUUUCGUUUGGUGCAAAGCGUUGUCGAUCCUCAACCAUUGUCCAAACAUUGGGUGAUCCUUAAGCUAUCAAUCUUGAACAACGAGGCCUGUGUGCUCAGUGAGCUCGCAGAUUCUCACCAACGGCUGGACCGACUAAUCAAGAUGGGAUUGGCACUCAGCAAAAUGUCAGACCUCCUCGAUCCCAAAGAACAAGAGCUGUUCCUAUGGACUGUGAAAACGAUGGUGGACGAUCGCUAUGCUGCGGCAGCCUAA